CAUCUCCACCGCAAAUGGCGAUGGGCAUGUACGAUUUCAGGCAGUAGCAGAGCAGGCAGCAGCGGACAGCUGCAACAUCGCAGCACAGACGCCGCUCAUUCAUAGCUUCUCCAUCCACCCGUCUUCCUUCCUUCUCUGUCAACCAUGCCAAAGAAGAAAAUCAAAAGGAAUCUCCACCCUCCGAGAACAAGUCCAUUCCAUCCAUGUCUUUGUUCCUGUCUUCCUGAUGAUGGCCCAUCUGGACCAGGAGCGAGUCAUAUGAGGGUAGGGUGGAGGAAAACCAAGGCGAGACCGAGACCGAGGCCAAAAGAAAAGGAGCAUCAGUAAGACGAGGUGGUCAUGGUGAGAAAUCAAAAAAGGGAGAAAUAGGAGGAGGAGAAGUGAGUGUCCUCAGAUAUGCAUCACCAUUCACCCAACCAAACCUCUCUCUUUCUCUCUCUCACACAAGACUAUUGCUCCGAGCUUGCCAGAUUUGCCCCUCUGAGGCCCAGAAAACCCUCCAUCCAUCUCCACCGAGCAGGAAAUUGCCAGCCCUCCUCCUGUUCCUGUGCGCAAUUUAUUUGGGCCUUUCGGUCAUGGUCAGACCGCAGAAAACUGAGGGAGGAGGAAACCCCACAUCUGCUUCGGCUUCCCCGUCGCUACUUGCAAAGGAGGAACCUUUUCCCAUCUGCUGCCUGCUUGCUAGGGUUUCGCUCCGCUUCCACCUCCAAAGGUGAGAUUUUGGCGCCGCUGCGAUGGGGAAAGGCAAGAAAUCGAGCGAGGAAGCCAAGGCAAAGUUCAGGCAUCAGAGUCUCCUGCAGGAUUAUGGAGAUCUGGUUAAGGAAACUGAGGCAAAGAGGAUGAAACUGCAGCUGGCCAAACAGAAGAAACUUAAACUUCUUUCUGAAGUGAAAUUCUUGCAAAAGAGAUACAAAAGCCUAAUGCAGAAUCCAUCUGGAGCCAACCAAUUUAGACUGAAAAAGAAACCGCAGAGUCAGCCCUUCAUUUGUCAACCUUCAAAUGCUAAUGCAUUUUCUCAGCUCCCUGCUAAAGAACAAAGAGUAAAACUGAGAGAUUUUGCUGCUCCAACCACUUCAGUGAUCGACUUGAACCAGGUUUUGUCGCCGAUUGGUGAGGAUACGGACGAGUAUCCAUUAAGCUUCGACUCAGAGCCUGCCAAGGCUGAUAAACCGAGGAAGAGCUUAGCGGAAAGCAAUACUGCCGCUAAUGAUCUCAACCUUUCGAUCUGUCGAGAUGUUGUGCAUGAACCAUCCCACAAGGUGACGAACAGAAAGAUUACAUGGCAAGAUCAGUUAGCUUUGCGGGUGUAGGUUAUUCUUCUAUCGCAUAAAGGGCGAAAAAUCUGUGCCCUUGACUGAUUGAAUUUAUGCUUGAUGGAAAUAUUUGUGUAAAGGAAGGCUGGAGGCAGACAAUUGAUCUUAUACAUGGCACUUUUUAGAACUCUGGAAUGAUGUUUUUGUCAUUCCUUUUGUAGAAUGUUUGAUGGAUUGAGUUAAACAAUCUGUGCUGAUAGAACAAGUGUUCUCAGGAUUAGCUAAGUGAGAUCGAUGAUGAUAACUACUAAUUAAGAAUUAAGAGGCAUACUUUUGUUGUGGAAAGACAAUGUAGAAAAGAAAUUGUUUUUGCUGUUGAUUUCAAAAUACUAUUGCAGUGUUUAUUUUCA